GGGAACUCAAGUAUGUAAAGGAUAUUCCUAUUUCGAGUUUGAUGACAAGGCACGAGCUUGACAAUGGAAUCGAACUCGACCAACUAAGGGCCGUGAUAUAAUUUCAAUGGAGUUACCAUUAUGUAGACAUCCAUACGAUUACCUCCAUGUAUGGAACCAUCAUUCUUAGAUUCCUGUUCAUGCCUGUUAUAAAGGUGUCUUUAGCAGUGAAUCUAUUCGUAGAUUUAAAAUAUGUUAUCGUACUGGGUGGACAGAGCAGAACAAAGCCUAGUUCGUAUGAACGGCGAGCCUCAAUACCCACAUUUCGUUCUCCGUUUCAGUAUACGGGGUGCAUUGCAUUGCCCACCAACAGUUACACGCGUCCAUUCUCUUUUUGCAGCGGUUACGGCCAUUUCAUCUUCUUAAAUAGCGUGUUGCACUUCAUAUGAGGUCAUCCAUAUCCUGUUUCCCUCUUUAUUUGUCAAUGUCUAUAGCAAGUGCAUAAUUUCACCCCCUAUAGAAACAAAAUAUGAAAAUGAAAUAGCAUUAACCUCCAAAAACUUGCUAAUAUCCGUUUUGCUCAUGCAGUUCUCCGCUCGCUAUUCGGUGAAGCAAUAUGAUGCAAUACAGUACUCGUCUCUGCUCCUCUUGUCAUAUUGGCAGAUCUGUAGGUUCCAACAACAUUUACUUUGGCUCCGGCGGUACCGUUGCUUGGCAAACGUAA